GCAUGGGUCUUUCCAUUUUUUUUUAGAGUUUUCUGGCAAUCCAUGCUCAACUGUCUCGGCCCCUUUGCUAUUGAUCAAGACUCCCAUCCACCGCAAUGAGUUCUCUUCGUCCCUUGGACCCCUCACUCUACGUGCUGGCCGACGACGAGGUUGUAUUCAUCAAAUCUCAAACUGGAAUAGAUGACGACGAGGAACUGAAGAGACAUAUACUUGCUAUACAGGAGGAAGCGUACAAGUUAGAACCUUAUCCAUGCAUACGACGAUUUGGAUUUGCGAAAUGGAAUAUCUCAAGGCAACCGUGCUAUCAUCAGUUCUUGAAUCUUGGACAAAUGCGCAAGGGAACUAUUUACGUCGAUAUUGGAUGUUGCUUGGGUAGUGACGCCAGAAAAGCAGUCUCGGAUGGUUAUCCCAUAGAUCAAGUUAUAGCUUCCGACUUGCGUCCUGAAUUCUGGGACUUGGGACAUAAACUCUUCAAGAGCACUCCUGAAACCUUCCCAGCACGUUUUAUCUCUGCAGACAUCUUCCAGCUGAAAUAUUUGGCAUCAGAAGCCGUACGCGCUCCCCCAAUCGACCUCUCCAAAGUGCAACUUUUAUCGGAGCUCAGAGGAAGCGUCUCUGCCAUUCAUGCAUCGGCCCUUUUUCAUCUCUUUGAUGAAGGAAGACAGUUCGAACUUGCCAAAAUUAUGGCGUCUCUAUUGUCGUCCGCGCCAGGGUCCAUGAUAUUUGGAUCGCAUGGUAGUCAACCGGAGAAAGGUAUCCGGACCGAGAUUGCUUCAAACAAGGGUUGGAGCAGUAAUAUGUUUUGCCACUCACCUGAAAGCUGGCGAUCGCUCUGGGAUGGCGGGGUGUUUCCCAAGGACGCCAUUCGUGUGGAUGUAUCUUUGCUUGAGACAGAACGCCCGGAUAUGGUGGCCAUAAAAAUGGAUUCGAGCGUCAAAACAUAUCUUCUCGUAUGGUGCAUAACGGUUUUGUAGUGACAUCUCUCGUUGGAUUUCACAGAAUAUUUUUGACCUAGAUUUACUGGCGUACAAACUAUGCCGAAGUUCCCUAUGUUAUGCCGUGUUGACUUUAACGCUCUUCUUUCUAUUUUUCGCCUUACCAAUAAGUACUAUGGAAACCGCGGCACUUCUAACCGAUAUCUAACCCCACUCUGAGGCUGCCUUCUGUGGGCCAAAAAUUAGUUCUAGUUUGUAUCCAUUAGGUCCCUCGUUUUACGCACUAGCAGAGGGAGCGGGCUGAGGAGUCCAUAUUCGCUAUCCCGCUCUUAAGUAGUUUCACCCACUACUACACCGAAAUAACGGCAUUCAGGUGUGCGU